AUGGAAAUCUACACAUUCUAUCGCAAUUUAUCAAAGUUCGAAGAAGAGGAAGGUUACGAACGGUACGAUCAAGAACGAGGUCAUGUAUUACAACAAUUGAUUGAAAAGCGUGGUGACAUGGAUAUGAAUAAAAUCAUUGAGGUCUUAAUCAUGUUACAACGUGUUCCUAUUGGUGUGCUGAGACUAAACGAUUCUCACUGGUAUGAGAAUUUGAAAGAGUGUAGUAUUCAGGCGCAGGUUGCGAGCAUUUCGGAAUUUGACUAUUCGCACGCCAUCAUACAUCAUGUAACUCAUUUACUAUUAGACACACAGUCCAAUUUCCUGUCUGCCAAAAUUCUCAUCUCACAAGGGAAGGUCCCCAACUGUCCGAUCGCUUUCAAGCCGAAACCUAGUGGACUAUAGGUAGUCGACCAUGCUGAUUCCGAAUAUCAACAUGAGACGUGCUGCUAGGCCUCCAGAGAGGGGUUUUCCGGAAAACCAGUUUUUCAGAAACUCUAAAAAAUAACCCAAACCUUUCUUAAUGAUGCAUGAUUGUAG